AUGAGUUUUGAUUUGGUGCAACUUCAUGACGCCAUGAAUUAAUUGGGUCUCGCUGCUGCUGUGGCAGUCUCUGGAGCGAUCUUUGCCCUCGGAUGUACCACCUGUCGACAAAAGAAGAUUAAGGCGACUCCAGCGCCACCGGCCAAGAGUGGAGUUCCUGCAAAAUCGGCGGAGAAGGCGAAGGAAGGAUCUCAGAGAUCGGCUCGUCUCAAGAAGGAGCAGAAGUCCGAGAAGAAGAAGAAGGAAGGAUCGCAAAGAUCGAAGAAAGCUCCGAUCGAGAAGCCAGAAGUUGAGAAGAAGCCCGACGACUCAAGUGCAGAACGCUCCGUCCAAUAUUCAAUCGACUUAUCAGAAUCUGGGAUGAUCAUUCCUCAUCUCUGGCAAUCUCCGAACUUAUCCGAAUGCCCUGAGAUUUAUAAAAAUGAAUGA